UCUGGGAAUCGGACCAUGUGAGUGGGGUAUACAAAACACCUCCUCCGAUACACGGUGGUCCAUAAACCUCAGAAGCCAAUGUGGGGGUUUCGGUGAGACCGACGCGGAUGAGUGGGGGAUAGCAGCAGUGCCCGGCACAACUGGAGUACCAGAAGUUAAGUGGCACAUUCCCAGAGAGCCCUGCGGCGCCCCAGAACCGAGCGGUCAACGCGAGGAGACCCACAGGGAAAGCUGCGGCAAGGAGGCGGGGGCGUGGUGGGGGCCAUUCACAGAUGGACAGAAGCCCGGCCUUUUGACCGACGGGAUGGAGAUGACAGCCCCCAGUUGUGAGACCCAGCCCCUCACAUCCCCGCAAGAGGCCCCCAACUGCAGAGACGUGGGCGACUGUGUGAAUGGGCUGCUGCUCGGGAACACCAAGCCGACGCUGAAGCUGGCAGAGGGCGGAAAUAAAGCCCAGGCCAGCCAGGGGGACAAAGGGGCAACGGCAGCUCCCAUCUCCAAUGGAUUCUCGGGGGCUCCGAGCCAGAGCCCCUGCGGCAUGCUGGGAGGCAGCGAGGGGCCCUCCACCGCUCUCCCGGCCGGAGUGACGGCCACCACGGGCACCUUGCUUGGGCAAGAGGCGCAGCAGCAGAGGGCACUGGGGGAAAGGGAGACCUGGAGCAAGAAGAUGGACUUUCUCCUUUCCGUCAUUGGCUACGCAGUGGACCUGGGCAACGUCUGGCGCUUCCCCUACAUAUGCUACCAAAACGGCGGAGGGGCUUUCCUCAUCCCAUACACCAUCAUGGCGAUCUUUGGCGGCAUCCCCCUCUUCUACAUGGAGCUGGCGCUGGGGCAGUAUCACCGGAACGGAUGCAUCUCAAUAUGGAGGAAAAUCUGUCCCAUAUUCAAAGGGAUCGGCUACGCCAUCUGCAUCAUUGCGUUUUACAUUGCCUCCUAUUACAAUACCAUCAUGGCGUGGGCUUUGUUCUACCUCAUCUCCUCCUUCACGGAUGAGCUUCCCUGGACCAGCUGCAGAAACGACUGGAACACCAACAACUGCACGGACUAUUUCUCCAGCCAGAAUGUCACCUGGACCAGCAAUUCUACCUCCCCAGCCGAAGAAUUUUAUACUCGCCACGUUCUUCAACUGCACAGAGCCAAGGGGCUGGAAGACCUGGGCGGGAUCAGCUGGCAGCUCACACUCUGCCUUCUGCUUAUCUUCACCGUCGUGUACUUCAGCAUCUGGAAGGGGGUCAAAACAUCUGGAAAGGUCGUGUGGGUGACCGCCACGUUCCCUUACAUCAUCCUCUUCAUCCUCUUAAUACGGGGUGCCACCUUGCCUGGAGCUUGGAGAGGCGUCCUGUACUACCUGAAGCCCGACUGGCAGAAACUGCUCUCCACUGAGGUGUGGGUGGACGCAGCUGCCCAGAUCUUUUUCUCUCUCGGUCCAGGAUUUGGGGUCCUCCUGGCCUUUGCAAGCUACAACAAGUUUCACAACAACUGCUACCAGGAUGCUCUGGUCACCAGCACCGUGAACUGUGCGACGAGCUUCAUGUCCGGAUUUGUCAUCUUCACCGUGCUGGGAUACAUGGCUGAGAUGAGGAAUGAGGAAGUGUCGGAGGUCGCCAAGGAUACAGGACCCAGCCUCCUCUUCAUCACCUACGCGGAGGCCAUCGCGAACAUGCCUGCCUCCACCUUCUUCGCCAUCAUCUUCUUCCUGAUGCUGAUCACUCUCGGACUGGACAGCACGUUUGCGGGCCUCGAGGGGGUGAUCACCGCGGUCCUGGACGAAUUCCCACACAUCUGGAGCAAACGGCGGGAGCAGUUCGUACUCUGCUUCAUCGUGACCUGCUUCAUGGGCGCGCUGUCCACGCUGACCUUUGGCGGCGCAUACGUGGUGAAGCUGUUUGAAGAAUACGCCACAGGGCCGGCUGUGAUAGCUGUGGUCUUCCUGGAAGCCAUUGCGGUGGCUUGGUUCUACGGCAUCACCCAGUUUUGCAGUGACCUGAAAGAGAUGCUUGGAUUCAGCCCCGGAUGGUUUUGGAGAAUCUGCUGGGUUGCCAUCAGCCCCAUCUUCCUCUUGUUCAUCAUUUGCAGCUUUAUGUCCAGCCCUCCAGAGUUGCGCCUCUUCAACUACACGUAUCCAUACUGGACCAUGGUUUUGGGCUACUGCAUCGGGACGUCGUCCUUCAUCUGCAUUCCUUUGUACAUGGUCUAUCGGCUGGCCAGCACGCCGGGAACACUCAAAGAGCGUAUUCUGAAAAGCAUAACUCCAGAAACAGCCACAGAGAUUCCCAUCGGCGGCAUCCGCAUGAAUGCUGCUUAAGAGGCCCUGCUUAGUUUGGUGGAUGGGGGAGAGGCAGGGCUUCCUUGCCUCUCACAUCGCUUUAAGCUCUUUCCCAAAGAACGGAUUUCCACCGAGAAGCAUAUGUGUGACGGAGGCGCGAGUCUGGUGACGAAACGGUUUAGGCCUCCACGCGUUUCCAAGAGAAAGACUGGCUGCGCUCCUUGGCACAUCAGACUCUUUUCAGUUCGCAUUACUGCACUGGUUCUGUUUCGGAAAUGAGAAGAUAUACGAGUGUGAAUGAGUACCCCUGACUCCAUAUCCAUGAUCAGGGGGCUGUCUGAAUGCAUGCGUAGUUAACUCAAGCCUCUGUCAGACAACUGUCGAAAGUUAGAAUUAUAUUUAGCAUCCCUCUGUCUGUGCCAGCACGCCCCUUAAUUCUCUCAGUGUGACCUUGUAACAGGCCUUCCUGCUGUAUUUGUUUCCAUGGAUCCAUUUUCAAAUAAGCUGAAGAAAUACCGGAACGGUUCAUUCCAUGCUGCAAGCCACAUCUUAUCCAAUUAGUACUGAGUUUCACUGCUUGAAUGGGCAGCCCAAAUCCUGGAAGAGGGAUACUACUGAAAAACUCUGUGAGUGAGCCGUGGCUUGAAAUUGCUAGGAAGGACACUGAGUGUCGGGGCACACAGAAAACAAGAUCUUUGCACCCCAGAACACAGGUAGAUCAGAGGAAGCGGAAAGGCAGAGCCCUCUAGCAAGUCAUGUACAUGCACCUUUAUUUUGGGGAGGGGGUGGGUUUAAUGGGAGCUGCAGGCAUGCUUACAUGCUUCCUCUCCGGGGCUGGAACGGUGUGGUCCAGACGCUGCUGACCACCUACAGCAGUCCUAGCGGCGGCCUUGAACUCAGCUGACUGGUGAAACGGCCGUGGUGUGAAUCCUUUCACCGUCAGCCAGGCUGGGCGUGGCGAGGGGUCCGUUCACGAGCUCCUGCCUCCCUCUCGGCAGCAGGAUAUCCUGUCCCCUUGUCAUAAAGGGGCAGUAUUCAAGGGAGUCAGCGCGGUCAGUGUAUGAGAGCAGCUCAGCCUGGAAUUAGUCCUCCGGCGGAAGACCAGGCUUCUUUCGCUUAGGUAUCAGAAAGCCUGUGGCACUUCCUUCCACUGUUCCGAAAGGGCAACGGCAGAACAUGCGAGCCCUUCUCCUUCGGCACCAUCGAAAGAGCGACCCCCCACAUCUCUUGCUCAAUUGGCGAAGUGCCUGGAGAUGGAAUAAGCACCACCUUGGCAGAACGGUGCCACCUCCCUGUUUCCGGCAGGUGUGUGUUCGCGGGGUCUCUCUUGAACCUGGUAUACACUACAGUCCAGGGUGUAACAGGAUGGAAGUAAGGGGUCGGGUCCUCCUCUUCCCGAGCUUCUUUUUAUGAGCACUAAACUCCAAACCUACAAGCUGGUGACGCCAUGCGGGGGGGGGGGGGGUGCUGCUGCAGGAAGACAAGUUGUAUAACUACCCGUCCUGUUGGGCUUUGCUAACCUUAACACACAUUCUGCUGAGAGGAGAAUUUAUUAGGCCCUAGGACAGCUGUUGCUUGUUCUAAACUUGUCUCUCAGUGGCACUGCAUGUCGAAGACAACAGUAUUAAUUUCUGCCACGUGAGCAUAACCCACUGAGGAUUUCAGCUGCGUGGGGCACGUUAAAAAUAUUGGGACUUGAGAGAGAGGUUCAUUUGGGAACCGCUACCCUUCCUCUGCGAACUGGGACUGUUCUUUUUUUUUUUUCUAUGGAGAAAUUAAAACUGGAGUUUUAUUUUACAAAACGAAAGUAUUCCUCUAUCUUGUAUAUAAGGCGCCUAUAUUAAUUUAUGUUGCUGCUUCGGUUACUGAAUGUCCCAAGCUGGAGUGUAAGUCAUAAGUAUGUGCCUUGCAUUGUAAACUGUGGUUGUAAGCGAUUUAAUAUCACAAUAAAAUGGCCGUUGUCCUCCCC